UAACAUGCGCCAAGACAAGGAGAACAAACCACCAGCUGAAGGGAAGAGAAGAGUAUGUGGCGCACCUGAUGGUGCAUCACACGAAUCUGCUACCAGUCUGCAAGGACAUCACCUGGAGAAGUCAACACUGAAGAUGACUUCGCUGAAUGUAAACCUCCAGGUGGAUGGAAAAAUGAAAAUUCACAUUCAAGUCAACGAACGGACAGAAGCGCUUUUUGAUGCUACUGAUUUGAAGGCGAACAGUGUUGUACGUUUGUCAGUGAUCUCAUCUGGAAUAAUGUCUUCUACGGACAUGUGUGUGCUGCCUCAAGCCGACAAAGUCUCUACCCAAGCUGAUUGGAUCCUGCCUGGACCCUUUCCAGUAGGAGAACACAAGUCGGCAAGCGUUCAAAUUGAAGAUAUACAAGAUGGGAUCAGCAUGGAGCUGUACCUUAACUUGAGUGGCAGUGACGAAAUUAGCCUGGGUGAUCUAUAUAUAGGUGUCACCUGCAGGCUGACUGAAACGGCACGAGUAACUGACGAGGAAUGCAUGCCACCCUGCAGAUGCCGCAGGCAAUCAUAGUGAAAUGCAUAGCACAUAAUAAUCGCAUGGGUUGCUGCUAGUGCUGUCGGAGUCGCAACUGAUACUGUCGUCAGAGUUACAACUGCAUCUUGUUACAUAAUUCUCUAUUCCAGUUUCUUGUGGCUUUCCAGAUUCGGAGAUUCAGCCAAGGAUGCUUUCUUCAAUAAAUUGAUGUUCUUAGCACAAUGGUUGUAUACUAAUAGUGAUCGAGCUUUUCUCAUGGCAAAAUCCCUUACAUUCGUCACGUGAUUAGGUCUGAAUUGUUGUUCAAGUGACCCUGUCUGCCUGCCACAUGCACACUUCUUGGUCUUUGUUCUUAUAUUUCAUCAUCUCUGGUAUGGGAAUUAGCAUCAUGGAUUUCUGUGCAGUUUUUUUAUUUGGAAUUUUUUUGGACCGAGCAUGGAAUCCCGCAGGAAACGACUGUCGUUGAAUAUCUGAUUCUGUUGCCAGCAUGCUAAUAUCUUCAAUGUGCGUUUUUUGCAUGUGCAUUUGUAAUUAUGUAAACAAAGGUGCCACAGUUCAAGUGACAUGUCGCAAUAUUCUGAAGAAGAGUCGAGGCUUCUUGCAACUUCAUCUCUGAAAUAAGGAAUUCGUACUCAUUGUUCCUAUUACCUGAUGAUGGCCAAGCGCUGAAACAUUGUAAAACAAA